UAAAUCCCAUGACGUGUAUUGCUUGGCAGCUGCAGUGGGUAUGCCAGUAAACGUCUCAACUCUAGUUGUAUAUUUACCAGCGGGUCAUAGGCCUACGUAUAUGAGCGGGGGAUCACGCCAUAGACCGUGGGUUGGCAAUAGCGUGGAUAUAUUGCACUACCACAAUGAGUCAGCAAUUUUUCAUGACAAAAUAUCACUUUUUAUAGAUCUGCCUCGAUAGUUUCUGAACCAUUCAUAAUGAUGCAUGCACUCUGAGGGAUGCGUUUAUAAAUUAGUCGGAUCGCGUCGGAACUGCGUACUACCUUGAUCCUACAAAUGACCUUGUGACUUAUUCAUCCUGGAAAUGAUCCCGGACGAAAAAGGAAGGAGAAGGCAAGCACAUGAUCACCAUCAUUCAUAACAAAGACUUUAUAUUGCAAGGAUAUACCAGCGGAGAUCUCACCGAAGUUCAUAUAUCGGUGGCCUAGUUUUAAACUCACAUCUCGCUGGCAGAUAUACCAGCUAGAUAACGACAGGAAGGAGAUCCCAUCUUUGGUGUGGUUAUACGAGUGCGAUACAUAUACGAAGACAAGCAUAGCAGCCUAUCAUUGAUGAGAGCAUACUUCGCCAGCCAGGCGUUGUAGAAUUUGGAUUUCCCUUUAAAACUCCUUGCUCCGAGUAUAUAGUGCUGUGCUACCUUAUCUCAUAUUACUUUCUAUACAAGGACCGCGUGAGGUAGCUUGACUCUCGGUUUCGACAUUCUAUAUCUCAAGACCCUUAUAGUUGAUUAAUGGACUUUAAUAUAGAAGAGUAGAUUCGACACCUAAAUAGAAGAAGAACAAACAUCGAUAAUCUAAUUUCGAAGCAUCCAUUCGCUUAGCCAGUGAUGUCGGACGAUGCGACAUCGCCCUCGAAGGAAGGGUCGGAGCAACCCGAUGCCGACGUCGAGCUCGUCAAGAUGAGGAGGAUCGACUCCGACGACAACAUCCGAGAGAGGGAUCAAGAAACUGCGGAUGUAGCAGGAGUACAGUUUGUAGGGAUGAAACGAAUCGACUCCCGAGAAAACUUCAAAAAUGAUCAAGCGACCAAGAAGGCUUCGUCGGUGAUGUUCGCAUCGAUGGGCGAGCCGACGAAUGACGGCUACGACUACGAUGACGACGAGGAUGUCGUGACAACCAAUCCUUAUCUUAGAUACGGAGAGAAGACCGGUUUUCGAUAUAAACAGGGCCUAAAACUGCUAUCCCCGUUUAGAUUCAAGCCUUCCAAGGAGCAGUAUUCACCCCUGGACUACAGCGGUUUCUUCUCAUUCGCCUGGCUGUCUUGGAUGUCACCCUUAUUCUACAAGGCUUACAAGAGGUCACUAGAGUACACCGACCUCUGGAAUAUAUCUGACUACGACAGAGGCGACUACAAUGGCGACAGAUUAGAGAAAUACUGGCAGAAAGAAGUCACAAAGAAGGGGGAGAAAAACGUAUCCCUAGGUCGUGUCGCCCUCAGCUUUGUUGGUACAAGACAGUUCAUCUCCAUUCUCUUUCUCGUCAUAUCCACCCUCGCAUCUUUCGUAACUUCGCUGUAUUAA